AUGGAGUCAUUCAACAGCACUGUCGCGACCUUCCUCAACCCGCAAGGCCCGGAUGCACUUCCGCUGCCCCGUGUCUCCUUCGGAGCAGUGAACCGCUCGGGAACCUUCAAGUAUCUGAAGACUUUCGGCGAUGACGCGCAGCCCGGCCACAACGCCGAUCCGUCGGACGACGUCGACGUUCUGUGGACGAUUGCAUCCUCGACCAAGUUCAUCACCACCAUCGCGGCUCUGCAGUGCGUCGAUAAAGGUCUGCUGACACUGGACGGUGACAUCGGGGAUGUUCUGCCGGAAUGGAAGAAUCCCAAAAUCCUGACCGGCUUUACCGAGAGUGACGAACCAAUCUUUGUGCCCGCGAAGAACACUGUUACUCUGCGGCGUUUGCUUUCGCACAACAGCGGUAUUGCGUACGCGUUCGAAAGUCCGACCCUCCAAAAGUACCAGGAACUGCGUGGUCCUCAGCCUCAUCCAACCACGGUGAAAGAAGCAUACGAGCUCUUCCUCGUCGAGGAACCCGGCACAAAAUGGAUGUACUCUCCAGGCAUGGACUGGGCAGGUUUGAUGCAUCACUGCCAGAUCGAACGCGUCACGAACCUGCCUCUCGGCGCCUACAUGCAACAAAACAUCUUCACCCCGCUCUCCCUCUCCCCGGACUCCAUCCUCUACCACCCGGACCGCCACCCGUCUCUGCUCGCCCGCCAGGCCGCAACGUUCCGCCGCGACGCAACCACCGGCAGCAUCCUCAACCGCAUCCCGGACCCCUCGGCGCCGACGGCCGACGACUUCGGCGGCGGCGGCCUCGUCGCCACCGCGCCCGCCCUGCUCGCCAUCUACGCCGCCAUCCUGCGCUGCUGCAACGAUGACGACGAGAAGAAUGAGGAAGAGAAGAACAGCCGCAUCCUCAGCACCGCCAUGGUCGACGAGAUUUUCUCGCCACAGCUAUCAGCGCAGAGCAGGAAGGGGCUGGCGAGCAUCGAGAACGUCGACCCGGGCGCGCUGUGCGGCGUGCCGCGCGGGGCGGCGAUACAGUACGGGUUGGGCGGGUUGCUGAAUUUGGAGGAUGUGGAGGGUGGGAGGAGGAGGAAGCGCGGGAGUAUUGCGUGGAGCGGGAUGCGGAACUAUUAUUUUUGGAUCGAUAGGGAGGGUGGGGUGGCGGGGUUGCAGGCGAUGCAUAUGUUGCCGUGUGGAGAUGAGAAGACGGUGGAGUUGUUGAAUGCGUUUGAGAGGGCUGUUUAUGCGGCGGUUGGUGCGGAGCCUGGUGGAGAGUGA